ACGGCGCGUUGUUCAGCGACGGCGGCGGUAAUCGUGUGCCGGCAGUAAAAGCUGGGCCUAUAACUCGGUAAAUGGCGAACUGUCAUCGUCAUUACGUAUAAUAAUACAUAAAUACGUAUAUAUAUAUAUAUUAUGUAUUACGUAUAUGUACGUCGUGUAAAUGUAUACAUAUACAUAUAUAUUUGUGCAGUUUGUAUAUAUGCGUGUAUGCAACGCGGCUGUACGUAUAUAGUGCUGACCGUCCGGGUUCGGAAGCACUGUACACAACGACCCGCCGGCCGCCCCUUCGGGUGAUGUCGACGGGGGUGCCGGUCGGAAAGGGUACACGCAGAUACCGAAGGAGAGGUGACGGCCGAACGGGUGCAACUGCACACACACGCACACACACACACACACACAGACACACACACACACAAACACACGCGCGCGUGAGCGAAAACGGGGUGAUGGGGAGGGGGGGGGUGAACGGCUAUACUAUACGACGAUGAUGGAGGACAAAACAAAAAUACGAGUUAAAAAAAAAAAAAUUUAAAAAUAAAAAACAAAACAAAAUAGAAUUAUAAAAAAAAAAAAAAAAAUAAUAAUAAAAAUUACCGACAUGAGCUGCUGUGUGUGUGUGUGUGUGUGUGUGUGCGCGCGCGUGUACCGCGGGACAGAAGAGCAGGGGGAUACAAGGACGAGUGUAAAUGCGCGCGCGCGCGUGUGUGCGUCUGUGUGUGUGUGUGUGUGUAUGUAUGUGUGUGCGUGUGUGCGUGUAUAUGUGUGUGUGUGUGUGUGUGUGCGUGUGUAAUUAAUUAUUCCAACGGCAGCGACCGCCGCCGCCACGGCGGUCUGAUAUAUUUUUUUUCAUUUCGUUAUUUAUUACGAUUGUUUUUUUUUUUUUUUUUUUUUUUCCCGCCACUCGCGCCGCCCCUCGCGUCGGUCCGUCCUGCAGCAGGACUGUGCAGCAGGAGCAAAACGUCCGUCCAAAUACUUUCGUAUACGUAUUAUCAUUAUCAUUAUUAUUAUUAUUAUUAUUAUUAUAUAAACAUAUAUUUGUGUUAUUAUUAUUAUUUUUAUAAUUCGCCGCCCUCUUCGCGCGCACACACGCGCGCGUACGCACGCGCGCCCGCAUUUUACAUACAUUACGGACGCGGCUCUUCGUCUCGUAUAUUACAAUAAUAUUUGUUCGGGUUUUUUCGCCCUUAUUUUUCAUCAUCGUUGUUAUUAUUAUUAUUUUAUUAUUUUGUUUUUUUUUUUUUUUUUUUAUCCGCAGUGCGUAUACACGUCAUUGUUGUUAUUCGAUUAUUAUUAUUAUUAUUAUUGUUAUUACGGUUUAUGGUCGAUGGCGAUGACGACGAUGAUGAUUUUACAUCGCGGACUCGCGAAACUUUCGAACGUAUUUACGGAUCCGACGAUACUGUUGUUAUACGCGCCGCGCGUGUAGAGAGGUAGUCGGUACCGCCCGCGGCCGCCCGCACACCCUACGUAUUAGGCAUUGUAUACGAUUUUUUAUUUUUUUUUUUUUUCGAUUUUUUUAAUCCGACGAUUUUCGAUGUACGGGAGCGAUUUUAAAUAAGUGUGAAUUAAAUUCGAUUAUUUAUGUUUUUUUUUUUUUUUUUGUUUUUCAUUUUUNAAAAAAAAAAAAAAAAAAAAAAAAGCUCGAUUUAUUAACGCCGUUUUCAACUAUAUCCGUACAACCCCCCCCCCCCUCUCUCCCAUCCGCCACCGACCCGGGCUAUUAAUAAUACUAUCGCUAAUACGCAUCACCUUAAAACACGAACGUAAAAUUUUAAUUUUCUAACGCGGGAAACCCGCCGUUUUCUAGACAAUUGGCGGCGCGCAAAUUCGAAAGACGUAAUGUUUUUAAAAAACGAUUUGGUUUCCGUAUAACACUAUAAUAUAGGUACGGGUGUACUAAAUAUUCGCGGACGCGACCGGUUAUGAGUCAUAACAGUUUGGAAUCUAGUCCGGAAGAGUAAGGCAUAAGGGGGUAAAACAUUUCGUAUCCGUUUUUGGACGACAAUGCCCGGCGCUGUAAUAAUACACUGUAAUAUACUCGUCCGGUCUUGAGCACAUUUCGGACCUUCUAAGACAAUAUUAAACAAUAAUUACGUAGAGAUUUGGAAUACUUACUUUUUUUUUUUUUUAUACUUAUACAAGGCAUUUUCUGGACGCGAUAAACUUUUGGAAAUGUUCAGAGAUUGUUUUCCGAGUGAUUUACAGCUGUUUAAGUGUUUUAAAAAAUUCAUUUGGUUUUAUGCGGAUACAACAUUUUGUUAGUUCGUAUAAACGUUACAAAAUUCCAAUCGUGGUUUAUUAUAAUAAGUUGUACCUAGUGAUAAUAUAGGUGGGAAAAAAUUCCCCUCUAGUUACGGAGGUUUACUGUUCACCGUGGGUGUUUUUUUUUUUUUUUUUAAUUAUUAUAAUGUAUAGACACUGGCGGCGUGAUAGGGCAUUUCAUGGGCAUACAUCAAUUGCGCCGGAAAUCGCAGGUGAAAAAACAAAAAAUUAUAGGAUAGGAAAAGGGUAUACAUCAAUUGCGCCGGUAAAAAGAAAGUAUACAUUAGUUGCGCCUGAGAAUUAAUAAUACUGUAAAUAAAUAGAUAACUCUUAGUUAGUUUUUAGUAUAAUUUGUAUAAUAUAUUUAUAAUUCUAUAAUAUAAUAUAUUUCUACAAUAUCUACUUUACGAAAUUCGUCUAAUCUCGUAAGUGUGUUAAUGUUAAUUAAAUUUUCUUGGGUUUCUCUAAAAGUUUUGGGCAAUUUCGAAGUAUUUUUUCGUCUAGAUCUAUAUAAAUUUUGUCUUAUAUUUGGUAUAUCAUUAGUUUUAAAAUUGUUUGUUAAUUUAUUAGUUUCUUAUUACUGAUUAUUUUUAACGGCUUUUCUGUUAAAUCGUCCAUUGCUUUCCGUUUCACUUGAUUCGAAAUUAUUUACCAUUCCAGAUGUUCAAGAGGAGAACGGUCGUGUUUAAUUUCUUCAUUUAAAAUUUACGUUUUACUCUCGUCAAGGUACAGCUUAGAGUUGGAAUUUUUAUUUGCGCACCGCCAUUUUCGUCUUUUUUUAGUAAGUUCUUUGUAAGAAAAUUUAUAGCGUUGGUAAAUUAUUUGUUCCUUACUACGUUCACUUACAACUCCUUCCAUUAGUAUUAUUAUUAUUAAAUUGCUUUAACGAACACAAAUUCACUAUUACCAUCUAUAACACUACGGAUGCACUAUUAAACUGCAAAUUUCCGAUUUAUAUACUAAACGAAUAAUAUUUGUCUAUUUAUGUUUAUCUACAAAUAAUCAAAUGACAUUAUUAUAAAAGUAAUGGUUUUCCAGAGUAUAACGACGCAAACGAAUAUCAAUCGAUAUUGUUGCAUGAUAAAUAGUACGGAAAAUUAUUCUUAGAUGAAUUAGAUUACAACACGGAUUAUCGAUCGGCGCAAUUGGCAUACAACAAUUUUUACAUUCGAAUAUCGAUCGGCGCAAUUGGUGUACACCUUUUUAAUAAGCCUUUUUUGUACCGGCGCAAUAGAUGUAUAUAAUACAGGUUGCGUCCCAAAAUCGAUGCAAUUGACGAACACCGUAACUCAUGAGGCGACGGCCUCGUGACCAAUUGGGUGGUGGUGCCCCCGGGCUAAAAAUAUCAAUUAUUGCCAACUGAUACUUUAUACUUAAUACUGUAUUGUUCAAAUAAACGUAUAUUGUUAUUGAUAUAAAGUAAAUAUAUAUUUAUAUUAAGUUAAUAUAUCUAAUUCACUUUAACUAUUGUAUAAAUUAAUUUUUAAAAAAAAAAUCCCGCAGACUUCUAAAGUCUGUCGAUUAAAUGUCAUAUAUUUUACAUGGAUCGUCAUUUUGAUUAUUAGUCCGAUGUUCUCUUGUAUUGACGGAUUGCAAAAGAGAAAAUAGGUAUUUAUGUAUUAUUAAAAUAUAAAAUCACCAUGACUUAAAGAAUAUAUUUGUGUAAUAGUAAAUUGGUGAAGAUGGGGGGGGGCGAUGUUCGGGGGCUUCGUCCCCACGACUCUGUCCAAUUAAACUUGGGUGGUAGCGUUAACAUCUAUGUUUGCCUCAUAAAAUAAAAAAGUUCACGCCACCACUGUAUAUAGACAACCGUAGAUAGAUAAUGUAUAAGUAUAUGUUCAACACCAUCGAGAAAACGAUAAAAUAAAUUGUACGCUUUCGUAAAGAAUGAUUUUGAAAUAUUAAAUUCCAGCCGUCCGGCAAAAAAGAUGCGAUUAUUUUCUAAUUAAAAUAUAAUUAUAUAGUUGGUAUUUUAGUUAUUAGUAACGAAAACGACGAAACGUAGGCUGUGUUUUUAUUAUAAUAAUACACAACUGCAGUAACGACGUCGAAAUAAAUAUUUUUAAUUUAACUUAUUAGUUUACGAAUAACCUUUGAAAUAUAUUGCGUUAAUACCGGAAUUUGUUUCUACAAAAUAUUAUUUAAUAAAAUAAUCCGGAGCAUCCAAUCGAUUUAGUGAAGAUUUCGCGCGGAGCGAGGAAGUUUAUUGAUUUAACCACGGUAGAUUUUUUUUUUUUUAUUUUAUUUUUUAUAGAACGCACAAGAAAAAUAAUAUAAAAUAUAGUACUCAAAUAGAAUAUAUAUGUAUACGUAUACCUACUUCUUUCGAUUGAAAAAUCGAACACGGCCGACAAUACUGCUUCAGAUUGUUAAGAUCGCACAUAUGUAUAAUAUGCCCGCCACGCAGGGUCGUAUUUAAGGGUAAAAGAUUAGAGAGAUAUAUACAUACCCCCUCCCUCCAUUGAACUUUUUGAGUAUCUAUUAUUUAUACGACUGCCAAUUUUUUAAAUUCAAAUUCUCUUACUUCAUGGUCGGAAAAAUCAAAAAUGUAGGUGUAGCAAAAAAAAACCCGAAAAUAUAAAUGUUCGUGUUUAAAACGAAACCUAUUCGAGCCACUAAGAACCAUGUACUUAUUUAGAUUCUGAGCAGGUUCUGAUUCUGGUAAUUUUUGGAAUUUCCCAGGAGAUUUCUGAAUACAUGGGAAAAACGUAUGACAAACGGGAAAAUAUACGAAAUUCAUUAUUUUCAAAUCGUAAAUAUUACGGCCUUUCAAAACGUAUAAACUCCGCUCAGAAUAGGUUUUUGUUAAGAAUGAUUAACCGUUGCGUACAGACAUACAUUAAAUAUCCCCUCUACCUUCCCAACAUCUCACCAGUGGCCUAUUAUGCAAAGUAUGUUCGUUUGGUUUUUUUUUUUUUUUUUUUAAUUUUGAGUGGAACGAAAAAUGCGUUGCAGGUUAAACUAUAUAUUAUGAUGUGUUUUCGUUUUUUACGUCUGUAAACUAGUUUUGGACUUACGACGUAGAUAUACUUAUACUCAACUCGAAAAUUGCGUAUCGGGUAUGAGUUAUCUGGGGUAGUAUUUUGAAUCCAGACGGAUAGAUCAUUUUUUGAAAAUCCUUUUGUUUUUCCAUUUACGAGUUCACGAUAAAAAAAAAAAUAAUAAUAAUAAUAAUACUUCAAUACUUAUACUAAUAAUAUUUAGGCCCGUUCUCACCAACGUAAACGUUGAUUUUUAAACGGAGUUUAUAAGAUAAUCGACCAAUCGAGGGCGAUUAUCAGCCAUAAACUCAGUUUAAGAAUCAGAUAAACGCCUAUUUUCACGUAUGUGAGAACGACCCUUAAUUGGCACGGGCAACCGAGUUAACCGAGCUCCUCUCAGAAUUGUAUGUGUUUGCAACGUUCCGUCAUUGUGUUCGGGAUUUUAACUAUUGCAAUAUAAUAUUACAUCUAACCUUAUUUUUCUAACUCAAGUCAUGUUGUAAAAUAUGCCAGUUUAGUUUUUUUUUUUUUUUAUUGACACUUACGAAUGUAUAAUUGGAAUUUAAAUUUGAAUUUUCUAUUAAUCUAUAUAUUAUUGUAAUGCGCUUUACCGCGACUUCAAUAAAAAAAAAUUCAUCGUCAUGUUCUGAAUGAUUUUUGGACAUGAUGGAUAACAUUAUAAUAAUCAUGUAACUAUAUCCAAACUCGUAUAAUAUAAGAUAUUAAAAAGUAAUAUUAUAUUAAUAAAAAAAAAAAAAAAAAAUCCUAUAAUAAUAGCUGUUACCCAAAUUUAUUAUAGUCUAUAAUUAAUAAAAUAAAUUAACUAUAUACCUUCGAAUCUACAAAACAUAUUAAAAAUACCGUUACACAAUGAUUAAAAUUGAUUUUAUUUUUCUUGUUAAGCGAGGUAGACCUUGUGAAACUUUGUGAAAUUAUAUAAAACAGACGCUGUGAUGUGUUUGAUAUAAUAUCAACUACACAUACACACCGUUUUAAAAAUGUACCUUAAAGUUCAAAGCGCCGUACAAAGUGUUUAUUUUUUUAUUAUUAUACAAUUUCAUAAAGUUGACAUUUUUUUUUUUUUAUACAUGCACAUUGCACAUUGCUUCUGUUUUGUAAAAACUAAACAAAAAAAAUAAAGUUACCUAUAAUAUCAUUAUACCUAUACCUAUACAUUUAAUAAUAACAAAAAAAUGAGAAUAUAUAAAAAAUGGAAAUAUAAAAGUAAUAUACAAACAAAAUAAGUAUAUAGUUAAGUGAAAAUAUAAUAAUGUGACGCUUUUUUUUUCCUUUUUUAGGACACGUAUUUGUAGCAUUUUCAAAUGCAAUAUGUAGUUGUAAAACAUUAGGUCAUGUAAUUAUUAUUAUAAUAACGGACAUACAGAUUAUAAAUAUACCUACUAUAAAGUUUAUUAGAGAUUUUGUUUGAGUCAAAAUUACAACUUAAAAAUAUAUCUCAUUUUUAUACACGGCCGCGGGUUUCCGCUAAAAAUCUCAAUUUUGUAAGGAAAUUGUAUUUAUUAUUUAUUAAUUGCAUUAAUAGACAAAACGAUUACCUAUAAAAUAUUGUACUUUACCUUUAUAAUAUUAUACUAAUCGGCAAAUCGUGUAAGUGCUCAAAAUCAAUACCGCGAUAGGUAUAAACUAUAAAUUAUCUUAUAAUUAUAAUUUGUUUAAAAAGUCUUUUCGUGUCUAAAACUUCCCAAGCACCUAUAUAUAAUACCUUUAUAAAUAUAAGUGGAAAAUCAAAUUAUUAUAUAUAAUAGAUGUAUUUAAAAUACAUACUGUAUAGGUAUACUUCAUUUAAUGAAGUUCAUUAUUAAUGCAGGACAUAGGUAUAUAUAUAUAUAUAUAUUAGGAUAUAGGUAUACUAGGAGUACUAAAACACAAAUAAUUACAAUAAUUUAUCGAACAAAUAAAUCUCCUAUUAUUAGUAAAACGUAAUAAUUAUUACCUAUUGAAGUAUGAAAUAUCUUUUCAAACGUUAAUAAUUCAGUAAUUAUAAGCACUCGCCUCUGGCAGAAUAUUUUGUUGAAAAUCGAAAAUUACCGUAAAUGCAUUCGCCCACACACCAUACAUAAUAAUAAUAUUUUAUAUUUGCGAAUUUCACUUUGAGAAAAGAAAAACUUUAUUUACAUACAUACGCAUAUACUGACAAAUUAUGUGAAUAAAACGGCCAUUGAAAAUUAUGAGGAGACGGACAAAUGAAAAAAAAAAAAAAGAUACAGACAUACUUUGCACAAUGGGUGCACCAUUGUUGUAUGUAUUGAGAAGUUAGGAAGGUAGAGUGGAAAUUUAAUGUAUAUCUAUAUGCAACGGUUAACCAUUGCUAACGAAAAACGAUUCUCAACUGAUUCAGUUCGGUUAAUAGUGUUGCUUUACCAACAAUAUAUAUAUACGUCAUAUUAUGGUAUAAUAAUGAAUUAUAUAUUUUCUUUAAUAAUAUUUGUUUAAUAUUGUACCUAUUUUCCCAUUUAUCCUACGUUUUUCCCGUGUAUUAUGAAAACGAUUGAGAAAAUCAAAAAAUUACAUCCCUAAAGUACCACCUCAGUCCAGAUUUCCUUUCAGAAACAGUACUAUGAUUGAAAAUUAGAGAAAAAUUGCCGGUAGAAAAAUAAAUAAAAUAAUCAUUGUAAAACCAAAACAUUCCUCGCUCCGCUUAGAAUCUAAAAAUUUAAAAAAAUAAAAAGCUGUUAUUGGGGAUAAGUGUGCCGCUGUUAAUAAGUGAGAAGUUGAGAACGUAGGAUACAUAAAAUUAUUUAAUUUAUAUCUAUAUGAAACUACGAACCAGAAGCAACAAAAAGUUCACUUAAACACGUUUUAAAAUACCGUGAUUUUUAAGAUUUUUGUCAAAAUUUGAACUUAAACUCUUAUAAAAAAAAAACUUCUACAUUACUCUCAACUUUACUUUUUUUACCACUUGGCAUUAUUUAUAAUGAACUUUGUAUUAAAUUUUAAAGCUGAGCAGAAAUUGUUCGACCAAACAAUUAUAUCCAUAUAAAAACUGAAAAACACGGAAAUGUCAAAUGCCUUUAAACGGCUCAAAAAUCGCCAGAUAUUUUGAAAAUUUCACCACGUGUCUACGAUCUUUUUACUGAUUUACAGCAAAAUCGAAAAUAAUGAAACCGUUAAUGGUGCAAAUUUUCCGAUGUUUCCUUUUCUAAGAUUGUUUUUUUGAUUAUAAGGAAAACGGCUUCUUUAUACACCAACUAGACACAUUUUGGUUCAAAAAAUAUGCUUAGUGAUCUUAAAAGUUGGAGUAACAUGUCCGGUAGAAAACAAAAUUGGAAAAAAUUAACUUACUAGUAAUUACUUAAUUAAAUUAGUCAAUACUAUAAUAUAUAGAGAUAGAUAUUUACAUAAUACGUACAUUUUGUCAGUUUUUAUUUAACUUAUUUUUUCCAUUAACUAUGAAAACCAUUUCGAAAAUUAAAAAAUGAUAUCUUCAAUGUAUUAUCAUAAAUCUAAAAUUGAACAAAAAAAGGUCUCUUGUCAUUUUUUUUAUUAACUUCUCACAGAAGAGUUGUUCGCAGACAGAAAAAAAAAAGCACACAUCAUAGUAAAACCAAUGCAUUGUUUUUACGAAUAGAAUCUAAAAACGAUGUCUCCGGAAACCAGCUGUUUGUUUCUUAAAUUCUCAUAUUAUCAAGUUUUAGCUUAGACCCAAGACUCGUUCUGAACAUAUAACAUGUUAUCAGUUAUCACUUUGCUAGACGUCGGGAUUUUGUUAUUUAUUGUGCAUUAAUUGCCAUAUAUUAUGGUCGUCUCCGUUAGCUUUAACUAUUGUCUUUGAUCAGCUUCGUAUUGCCUAUAUAUAUACAUAGCUAAUGACCAACUAUACGACUUGAGCGUAAAUCCAAAAUAAUUUUUAAACGCGUCCUGCAUAAUAUUAUAGUGUACUCAAAAUUGAUCGAUCACUUUAUGAUAGCACUUUAAAUGUAUUCCUUUAUUUGCAACUCAUUCAACAUUUCCUCACUGCGGCAAUUUAGUCACCUGAGUAAUGCUGACUUACAUUUUACUCUUACCCUCUUGACGGUUCACUAGACCCGAUCUUAAUAAUUAAUUUCUGUAUUCCUCCUUCAUAUUAUACUCUCGUGUUUUAGAAAUCGUGCCCUUCCAAUGUUCGGAAUGUUUCGAUACUGAAAUAAUGUAAAUUUUAAUUGCGGUUUAAUUUCAGUCUAAUUCUAAGUUCGCUUACUUAACGAUUAUUUAAAUAUUGCAAUCACUUUUCGUGAUAAUGUCACUCUGUAAAGUGUAAUAUUAUACAUUUUUUUGUUAUAUUAUGUAUAUGAGUACAUAUUAUCUGUUGUAAAUUAAAUACUUUCUACCGUGUUUGUAAACCGUUUUCUAAAUUGUAUUAACACGAUAUUAUAAUGUACAUGUAUUAAUAGGCAGUUAAUACAAAAAGUACGUAUAACUUAUACCAUGUUUUAUCUAUAUUUAUAAAUAUAGGAUAACUACCAACAGACAACAAUGAUCAACAACAACAGUUGUAAUAACGGAGGAGAUUUUAUGAUACCGGAGAUAAUCAAUGCAGUAAACCAGCUUCCCAUAUUGAGUACGUGCAAUACCGACAAUGAAAUCUCCUUAACGUAUUCGGAAAAAAAUAAUGACAAUGAAAAUAACAAAAUGAUACGUAAGUAAUAUAAUAUAUUAUUCAUAUUUAACAUUGUAAAUUUAUUUGGUUCGGUAGUAGAUAUAACCAGGUAUUUAAAAUAAAAAAACAAAUUUAAUACUGCUUUUCAAAACGGCUUUAUAAUUUCGAAAAUAUAGAAUUGUAAAGAAGUAUUCAAUAACGUUCACAAAUAUAAAUUAUCAUAAUGUUAUUGAUUCUAAAUAAUUGCUUUAAAAUGUGUAUUAUACAGGGGGAUCAACAUAACGCAAUACACUCAUUAUGUCGAAAAACUGAACUUUUCGGAAUUUCUUUUUUCAUAAUAUUUAAGAGGAUAUGCUAACGUCCUUAAUGCCACUGUAAAAACUGCGCAGCAAAACUACUCUGGCUACAGACUUACUUAAGAUAUUAAAUUUUCGCCAUAGAAAAAGGAGACCUUACACAGUGCAACGUUGAUUUUAAUUUUUUUACAUUACAAAUACAAACAGAGUUAUUAUAUUGUUUAAACAUCUGAUAAUUUUAAGUUGUUCAACUGGAAUAAUUUAUUUUAUAAUAGUAAUAUCGAAAAACUAAAACCAACGACGUACAUUGAAAGUUCUCUUUAUUUUAAGAUAAAAAAUUGGUUUUAUAAAUAUGUCCAUGCCCAAAUAGAUUUGCUCGCGUCAAACAAUUUUUCGAAAACAUUUUUAUUAAUUUCACGAUUACAUAAUAAGUGCAUGUGAUUAUAUCACGGAACUACUUGUACAUUUAUUUUAAAGUGAAUUUGAAUAUUUUUGAAUUCAUGCAAUUGCAUUUUCUUAACGUUUCAAGAAAAUUGCUAAUACGAUACCCCUUCAAUAUGGCAGGUCCUCGUUCUAAAAUGUAACAUUAUCGUUAUUUUUUUUCUCCUAUUUUUAUGGGCUAAAUUUGUUUACAAAUAGUUGUAUAAAAACUGAUAAAACUGUAUAAAAAAUUCCAUAAAUAAAUGGAGUUUUAGUUUAAAUAUGUUGUUGACAUUUUUAACUAAUUUCAACUUGUGAACUUCGAAAUUUAAAAUACCCGUUUUCACCCACAAAUACAAAAUAUAUAACAAAAAACUGUAUUGUAACAUUUUACAGCUAUUUGUUUCUUAAAUUUUCUAAAAAUUAAAUUCUAUGUAAAUGGCAUCAUACAAUUAUAGUGUAACAUUUAAAAAAGACCCGAUACUGGUAUUUUGCUGACGGGUGUUCCAUUGUUGUAGGUUGGAUGUUAGAAAAAUAGAACACAUUAAGUUAUUUAUUUUAUGUCUAUAUUAUGAUAAAUCAUUACUAACAAAAAACGAUUCUGAGCGAUGUUCGGUUAAACAUAUUUUGAUAUGCCGUAAUUUUUUAUGAUCUUCGUAAUAAACUAGACAACAUUUGAUAUCAGAAACCACCUCUAAAUUAUAAAUAGAGCAAAAGGAAAGUUGUUCACAGAUAGAAAAGAAAAAACCAAUACACUCCUCUCUGUACUUAGAAUCUAAAAUUAGAAAAGAAAAUAUCAGGGAAACAAAUUUCGAAUUCCAUUCUUAUAGUCCUAACCUAACCUAACCAACUAACAUGUUUUGUUUUUUCUGAAUACAAAAUUACUUAACUAUUAUACAUUGUCAUGACAGAUGAACCGACGAUAUCGUUAAGCUCGGUAGAACGACCGAUCAAAAACCUUUUAAUCAAUGACAAAAAUCCGUCUGUAGUAGACAGUACAGAUUUCGAUAAUCAUACGAGUACAAUCCUAGCCAAUAAUAAUUGUAUGAACAGUGAGACAAGCAAUGACGAAUUUUUAUCUCAGUCACCUCUGAAUCUAACCCGUUCCCAAGGUUUGUACAAUUUUGAGAAUAAUUUAUAAAUAAACAAACAAUCGUAUUAUAUUGUUAACCAUAUUAUAAAUGUUAGGCUCGGAAGAGGGUAGUGGUAACAAGAGUGAAAUUUACGAUGAAGGCGAAUAUGACGACGAAAAUGAAGAGAAAAAUGAGUUUGGAAAUGUCCUCAACGCGGAUGACUACAUGGUGAACGGUCACAAUUUACCAACAACAGAAGCUUCUUUUCCCUGGAAUAUUACAUCGGACAACAAUAAUAAACAGAAUAAGCAGCAAUCUCCGGACGAUAAAGUCCCGGCUCCACCGCCUCAACUAUUGUUGACUUCUGGUCAACUUACUACAGGAUGUUUACAAGCGGCUCAGUUAUUGAUACCAACAGCUCGAGGUAAAAUAACUAUUAAAAAGUCAGGAAGGUAGUAGAAGGAAAAUUUAAUGUAUAUCUGAAAGCAGCGAUAAACCAUUUCUAACGAAAAAACGAUUUUGAACGGAGUUAAGUUGAUAGUGUUGCUUUAUCAACAAUAUGUAUGUCAUAUUAUGGCAAAAUAACAGCAUAGGCAUUAUAUAUUUUCUUUAAUAAUAUUUGUUUAAUAUUGUGCCUAUUUUCCCGUUUUUCCUACGUUUUUUUAAUAUUUUUUCACAGUUUUUCCCAUUUAUUAGGAAAACUUCUGAGAAAAUUUAAAAAUGUCCUCCUUAAAGUACCUCCCCAGUCAGGUUUCCUUUUAGAAAAAGUGCUGCCAUUGUAAAUCGAAGCAAGAUUCCUGAUAGUAGAGUUGUCCACAAAAAAAAUAAAAUAAACAUCAUUAUAAAACCGCGAGCUUCUUCGCUCCACUCAAAAUCUAAAAUUACAAACUACAGUAUAUAUAACCAUUAUUGUACUACCAAUUUUCAGUAUCGAGUAUUAAUACGAAAUACUAUAUUCUUUGCAUUGUUAUAGGUAUUAUGACACAAACCAUACUAGCUAUACCCAUAAACGAUAUGGUUGCGUCUACAAUCACAGCUCCUAUUCCUAAUCAGCAACAGUUGUAUAGUCCAUCAAGUAAUGUUCGAAAAAAAAUCAAUAACGAACAGCUCAAUCAAAUAUGCCAACCGUCAUUACCAUCUGUACCAUCACUUAAUCGUUAUUUUCAACAAAACCAAACUAUCACCGAAGACACGACUAACGUGUCCGAUACACUCGGAAAUGUCAAUAACGAUACGACCGCAGCUGACCAAUAUAACAACGCUUUACAGCGUCUAAAAUGGCAAUCUCCUCCCGACCUCACUAGUAAAAAACACAAUUUUUUAUCAGUAAGUACCUACCGAAUAUUAUAAUAUUGUAUUGUAGAACUUGAUUGUAAUAUGCAUUAAUUUGUUUUUUCUUUUGAGGGGAGCGAUUAAACUAAAUCGACCCAGUGUCUAAGGAUAGUAUAUAUAUAUAUAUAUAUUACAUAUAGGUUCCUCACAUCCGCUUCGCCCCGUUCGAUAAUAAACGGCUGUUCUAUUCCGCUACUCCACUGUUCAAUCCAUAUCUGUCGAAACUAUUUUAGAUUAGAGUAUACUCAAUUAAAAUAAUGUGUUUUCCAUAUUCCACAUGGUUUUUACAUCAUUAGUAAUAAUAUUAUGUAACGUUUUACGGAGUCUUCCCGUGGCCUCUCGGUUUGUUAUCGAUUAAUUUAUUAUCGAUUUGCCUACUAAUUUUUUCCACAUCCUAAAUAUAAAUAGUUUAUUAAUUAGUAUUCUUUCGCUCUCAUCAGUCGAUAUUGUUGCAUCACAUAUUGUUACAACUAUUUUGUACAGUAGUUCUGCUUUUCUCGUCACCGUGAAACCUUUUUUUUUUUUUUUUUUUUCGUUCGCCGUACAAUAUUUUAAUAUUUUCGUUCUGCCGGCAUUCAUUACCAACGCGUAUUAUUGUACCGUCAAUCAAGAAAUCCAACGUACAUCUCGUAGUCACGUUGAUUCGAUUUUGUCUUCGUGCGUUGCCGUUCGUAAUAUUUGUCUUCAGACGACUUGGCUAUAUAAUAUUGUAGCUGUGAAGGUCGUUAUCGACGCAGCCUAGCAGAGUGUACAGUCCAAUCGGUUCCGUAAGUCUACCAUCACGAUCGUAUAAUAUAAUAUACGUAUGCUAGGUACGGUGAACCCUUGGUUUUACCGAAUGUAUUUCUUUAAAAUCUCGAAUGUACAAAAUAGUUUGGUCAAACACCAAAUAAUUUGUAUAGGUUCGAACAAACGAGGUUUGGUAAAAGUCAGAAAUUUCGUUUAUUCUGUAUAUCGUAUGAUUUUUUCCCUUCGUGCUUUGUACUCGUAUAUAAUUCCAAUUAGUAUACUAUAUAAUUACAAGUUUAUAUUAUUAUUAAAUAUUACUACACAAAUUUAAAUAAUUAUUGUAUAUUAUAGGUACCUAGGUAUAUUUGUAUUACAAUAAUAUUUUUAUUUAUUUGUUCAGGCUGCACCAGCCACGGCAGCGUCUAAUGUGGCAUUUUGAAUCGGUACAUUUUUUUUAUCGAUAUUAAUUAAUUUGGCGUGCAUUUGUUCGUGCAGUCAAACCUUACCUAUUAAUCCUUGCCAAAGAUAGUUGUAAUACCACUUGAUAAAUUUCAAUUCCAUUUUCGGGAAUCCUUGCUGAUUCUAAAAAAUUUACUUCAUAUAGAGUAAAUUGAUUCAAACGAUAAAAAUCUCCAUUCACAGCUUUUAACACCACAGCAAGUAAUCUUCGGGCAUCAACUUUACAUUGACGAACUUUCGACAUUUUAAUUUUGACUGUCCAAUUAACACUAAUGGAUCCAGAGUUGAAUUCGGGAGCCCCUAAAAAAAAUUACUACUAAGCAAAACAAAAAAAGGUUAGGUGAUACUAGAGACGGGUGCAUCUAAACUGUUAUAGGUGGAAAUUUAAGAAGGUAGUACGUCCAUAAGUAUAAGGUUAUUUAAUUUAUAUCUGUAAGCACCGAUAGAUCAUUGCUAAUUUAUUUUUUGAUUGAAGUAAGAUUUCUGGUAGAUUUCUGCUACUCUCUCUCCACCUCUGGAUCUGCCACUGCCAAUUAAUACACGAAACAUUAUACGAUGUCUUCAUUUUUUUUCUUGUUUUUGUAUAUCCAAUUACACCUAAUAUAUGAUAAUUAUUUUAAUUUUUGAAGUGAUACAUAAUAGUAAUAUGAACACAUAAUUUAAUUUUGUAAUGAUAUAAGAGUAUAAAACAAGCAGAAUAAAAUCACAUAAUCAGUAAAAAUUAAAAAUGAUAUUCGAAAAUUUACCAAUAGCAGUUGGCAAAACCUAGAAUUUAUCGAUAAAUCCAAAGUUUAAUUGGUGUUCGUAUUUUUACCAUAACAUACAAAUAUAAUUUAUAGCUUUUCCGUGACCACUAUAAGCUUGUUAUCAAUAAUAGAGUGCUAUAUUUUUUUUUUACUUGCCACACUAAAAAAAAUAUACUUCGGCGCCAUUGACAAUAUAAAAUAUGUAUACUAUAUAGGUGAGUAUAGAAUAGGUAUAUUAUACGGUAUACAUAGAGUAAUAUAUAUGUUGCCUAUUCGAUGCAAACUUGGGCGCAAUUUGAUUGUAAUGAUGAUUGAUUGGUACCGAUCGGUCUGAAAUCUUUUAUUUUGGUUAUUCAGUUUUUGUUCCACGUAUAUUCACUUCUUGUUGGCGUAGCGGCGUAGCGUGGGUUUCAUCUUAAUGUAUAGGUUGAAAAUAUUUGACUCAUGAAUUCGCACGGUCGCCGUAUUGCGAUUGAUCGAUUCCCAUGAAGAUAUUACGAAAAAAAUAAAAAAAAAAUAACUUUUUUAAUUUUUGAAGUGUAUGCUAGGUAUACACACUACACAACAUACAGGCAUACUACGCCACUGAAUUUGAAAUAUAUACCACAUACCUACACGCAACCAUAUUCUGUUUUUAAUCAAACAAUUUUAUUGUCAACAGCCACAACAAAAACCAUUACCUCGCACUAAAAAUCUAGGAAGUGGCGAAUUAAUGAACACACAACGCUCAAAAGAAUCAACUAUGAUCCAAACACCAUCAGGUAUAAAUGGGGAUAGUCGUAUUUAUCCAAACAACAACAGUAUCGCGACACCAAUGUCUCCACCUAUACAUCCGAGGACUAGUAUAAAUAAAAGUGGUGCAGACGCAAUUCAACGUCAAACAAAUGCAUGGCCAACAGGAAUUACAUCAACUGAGUUACAACAUAAUGGUGCUGAAGAAAAUGAUGAGGGUAAACAUUUCAAUUAAACAUAGAGAUUUGUAUAGCCAUAAAUUCUACGGCUUAUUAUUUUAACACUUAUUAAGUAACAAUCGUUUAAUAGGAGAGUUAUUUUCAGAUGAUAAACAACAAUCCCAACAUCAAACUUCUCAUGGAAUUACUCAGCCGAAUUCAAUGUCUUCCAUAAAUAUGAAUACUUUAAAAUUGUUAGGACAGCCAUCUUCUCAACUCAAAUGCCCAACAAAACCAACCAAAGGAGACAAUAAUUCUACAUCAGCUGCGGUUGCUGCAUACAAUCAACAGAACGCAAUUUGCACGUAAGUACAUAAUAAUAAUAUAUCUACUCGUUUACAAUAUCCUAAAAAUAAAAAAAUAAUAAACACAGUCAAAUGUUAGGCAAGUAUUUUGUACAUAAUGAAAUAUAAAUGUUGUUUACACACUUAUUUACUUUACAGAGCUCUGGCAACACACAUGCUUUGUGCUUCUCAACUAGCUGCUGCACAACGACCAAUGUAAGAAAUAUUAAUUAUUACUACUGAUAUACAAUCACCAAUGCAACUAUACCAAAUCAAAUAAUACCAUUUUUGUUUCGGACUUUAUUAUAUAUUAUACAAAUAAAAUAUAUAUUAGAGUGAUAAAUUUGAUAUCUACCAGACUAGAUCAUUUAGCUUCCUACAAUAAUUACUUAGCGUUAUUUAAAUUAGUAUAGUUAAGGUUUCUAAACAUAUAUUUAGAACUUUUUAUAACUCAGUUGUUGUCUGUCUAUCCUUAUAUUUACUGUUUUGAUCCGGUUGACAAUAAUAUGUAUAUUAUGUGUAACAUUAUUAAUUCAUUGUUAUUAUUAUUAUUAAUUCGAAUAUUAAAUAAAAAUGUACACUAUUCAGUAUUAAAAUAUAAGUACUUUAGGAAUUUAAAAAUGUCCUAUCAAUUAUUUACAAAUUAAAAUAUUUAAUUUAUUCAGUUCUCUUCUCCAUAUAAGCAUAAUAUAUUAGGUCACUAAAUUCUUUCAAAAUUUCAUAUUAUAUAAUUACUGUUCUUUUUUAAAUUACGCUUAGAAACCGGAAACUUUGCAUGCUGGCAGAGAGGUCUUUCCUAACUUGUUUUGUUUUUUUUAUUACAUAUUGAACCAUCAUAAAUCGUAUAAUUCAAAAAAUAUAUAAAUGAUUUACAUGAUUAUCUAUUUAUUUAAGCUAUUGCUUGAGUUGAGAUAGAGAGUAAUACAAUGAUAACAAAUGAAAAAAGCAUGUGGUUUAUACAGAGAAAAAAUAAAAGGUAGAAUGUAAAAAAGUUGAAAAUAACAGGUCUUAAAUAAUUCACAGAAGUGAAUGUGUAUAUUUUACUAGAAUAUUAUAAAAUCUACAUUCCUUUUUUACCGUCAAAAAAUGUUGCAUUUUUACCCAAAUGUUUAAAAAUUACUGUAUUUGUAUAGAAAUAGCUCAACAUAAUACAAUUUUGAUUUUUUUUUUUUUUUUUUUAUACAUAUAGGUUUGAUAAUUUAGACAAUAGCAACACUAAAAACCCGAAUCAAGCAUAUAGCAACAACAACAACAACAAUAAUAAUAACAACUCCAAGACAAAUAAUAUGAUGAGCGUAGUCAACCCAGCAGUGCUGGAAAAAUGGAUGAUGGACGAGCAGCGGUAAACAAAAAAAUUAUGAUGAAUACUAUUAUCCUCAUGGGAUAUUAUUAUGUCCCAAUGGGCAACUUUAACUCCCUAAACAUAUUUUUACUACUGCAUACUGUACACGUACAUAAAUUGCUUAUAGAAAGAUGUUAUAAAUAAUUAUUGUAGAACAAAUCAUAGAAAAAUUAUGUUGGAUACAUUGAAUUUGUUUACAUAGGUAACAACAUAACUUAAUGAUUAUACAUGUAUACAAAGGAAAACAAAAUAAACUUGAGUGAACGUUAUCAUUAUGUGGUGCAUUUUCGCCAGUAACAAUGAACAUAGGCAGUAGACAAGUGCCACCAAUGUUUUAAAUUAACCUAUGACGUCAAUGUCUAAUGGUGUUUGUGUUGUUUUUGAUGAACUUAACAGUUUUUACAUAUUAUCUACGUAUAAUAUAGUAGGGAAAUCUUUUUAAGAUAAUUUAUAUGUGCCCAAUGCUCAGUGAUUAAACGAACCCAAAAUAACUCAGAAACAACCUACAAUAAUAAUCAACACUCUAAUAUACAUACAUAUAUAUAUAUAUAUAUAUAUAUCUCCACCAACUAACAUUAAGUCAAAAUGUUCGCCCAUUUUUACUAAAUCAGUAGUAAAUGAAUACUAAUAAAUUUAAUUAUUUUCAUAUUAAUCACCCACCCGUCUAUAAAUCUUAAAAAAAAUCAAGAAUAAUCCAUGAUAAAAUUAUUUUCACCGUCACUACCUUAUAAUCAGGGUUCGGGAUUUAUAGCACUUAUAAUCAUCAAAAUAAAUGAUAAAAAAAGCGCUUGAAUACUUCAUACUACUCAAAUAAGCACUUAAAAAUAUUUAAAUAAGCAAAAAAAAGCACAGCAAAAAACAAUUUUUUUUUUAUAUUGUCAUUUAAUUUUUACAAUUAAGAACAUUAAACGUGUAUUUUUAAAAAAUCAAAAACUUUUAGCAUUUUUGAGUUUUUGAAAACAUUUUAAGUUCUUUAUUAUACUUCUUAUAGACUUUUUAAAAAUAAAUUUCUAAGUUUUUAGUUCUUACAUUUUAAACAGUUGCAGUCACCCCAGUUAUAUUGUAUAUCUGAAUUGCAGCCACGUGUUAAAUUGUUCAAAUUAUUCAAUAACUCAACUUAGUGAGUUUUAAAGCACAACAUUUCCAAUGUGUGUUGUUAAUAUGAUUUCAAAAAUAAAACUUGAUGUUUUAAUUAUUGGGUAAAACGUUAAGUUUAACUAACUGUUAUCAAUAUAAUUUUCGGUUUCAACCAAAAAAUAAAAUUGUCUAGCGCAACAAAUUCGUUAUUAUGAAAAAAGUGAAAUAAAUAGACUCGAGUAUGUAAAAUCGAUUUGCUUUGAAUUUGUACCCUCUGAAUUUUAGUAUAAUUUUACAUUUAUACAAUGACAUUUCAGUUUUAAUAAUUGUAUAAAACAAAAAUUUUAACCAUACAAGUGGAGAAAGUUGCAAGUAUGUUAUAAAUGUUAAGGAAAAUGUUCAGUACCUAGUAGGUAAACUUUUUAUUGGGUGACCGCAACUAGUAUGUAUUUUUUGAUUUUGACCGCAACUGGUAAACACUGAAAAAAAAAAACUUUCAAAAUUUCAUAUUUGAGAUCAUUGCGACAUGACACGAGUUUCCAUGGCGCUCUGAUAAAUUGUAUGUCCGGCCUGCGAAAAAAAUAAGCGAAAUUCCCCCGAACCCUGGUUAAUAAUAGGUAUGUGUAUAUUACCUGCCCGUUGCCCAUUGCCCAUUGUCCUCUCCGACAGCAAAUCGCACGUUCAACAAUUUAUUAUGCACUAACAUGUUAAUUCCACAUUUAUAGAUAUUAUUACAAUAACAAUAGUAACAACAUAAAGAAUGUCGCCAGUGGCGGUGGCCACACGAACCAGAGAUACAACGCCGCGGCCGCCGCCGCCGCCGCCGCCGUGGCAGUGGAGUUGUUGAACGGAGGAGGCGUUUCAACGAAUUCGAGUGGCGCUGGGACUGACAGCUUAACGUCGUGCAAGAAACGAAAGAGACGAACUUCGUUCACACCCCACGCCCUAGAACUAUUGAAUGGUCAUUUCGAGCGCAAUACACAUCCAUCAGGUGAAAAUACACAACAAUACGAUUGCCGUACAGUAUCCAAAGCUGACAAGUGACGAGCUGUAUAAAGUUACCGAAAAAUUAGGUUAUUCAUUAAAUUUGAAAAGUGCAAGUGACAAUAUUUCUAAUAAUGUUAUGUAGAUGGGUACAGUACCUAUUGGGUGUCCGUGUAUUUGUACCUACCGUGAUAAUGAUAAUAAGUAACGCAUUUUUUGUAUAGCAGAUGAACCAUCGUUAAUGUAGAUACAAGUACCUCAAGGUUUAACGCGGAAAGUCAACUUUUUGAUAACCGAAAGGGUUGUAUUAUAAUAACAACUUCGAGACGACCCCGAUCUUAGAUAAUAUCUACCCUUUCAAUUAACCGUAGUACCCGAUUUGAUGAUAAAAUUGAAACUGCACGUAUAAUGAUAAUUAAUAGUAUUCACCAUACGACAUUUUGUUUUACGAAAAAUCGUUAAUUUUUAUAAAUUUAAAAUAAAAUACUAUUUCAAAGUUUACAUACGAAUUACCUGGGUCGUAAUUUGCUUGUAACUAUUAACAAUUAAUUUUUUUCUUUUAGUAAAUCAAGGUGUGUAUUGUAAUCUACUCUGUUACUGAAAUCGAGUAGACAACUCAUCAGCUUUGAUAACACCAUGUUUCAUUAUAUCGCUAUAAUAAUGUAUAUUUUUAUUGUCCUUCUAAAACGAUACCCGCGAAUAUGCGAACAGAUCAAAAUCGCGUCCGAGCAGAAUGCGCACUUCGGUUUGUGUUACAACCGACGUGUUCUGUUUUAAACAAAAAUACUUUCCCCUCCACCCCCCCCCCCAGAAUCAAAAUCAAAAAGUACUCCGAACCGGUAUGCAUAUACGUAUACAAUAUGUACCAUACCUUUAUAAUAUUAUACCGUAAUUGUCUUAAUAGUUGGAAAAAAAAAAAAAAACAGCACAGUACCUACCCCAUAUACUCGUGUCACUUCAGUGGGUUCACGGUUCACGCGUAUUAUAAUGUAAUAGUCGUGUUAUUAUUAAUUUCGUCGUGUACUUACCGAUCUGUACCGACUUUGCAGGAUCCGAGAUCACCGGACUGGCGCACAGGCUGGGUUACGAACGCGAAGUGAUACGCAUUUGGUUUUGCAACAAGCGCCAGGCGUUGAAAAACACGGUCCGCACAAUAAGCGGCUCGUCCUCGGCUCAUCACCUGUCAACGAAAUCCCAUAACAGCGGUUAUUAAUAUUAUUAUCACAGUUAUUAUUAUUACCUAUCUACCUACCUAACUACGUACAAUACUACGCGAUACAUAAUUAUUAUUAUAUAUCACAACUAUCUGAUUUAUUGUAUUAUCUAUGUAUAGGUACCUAACCUAUAAUAAUUACGUUACACAGACUUCACGAUAUUUUUCUGACAAUCACAAUAUUAUUACUACCUAACUAACAGUCACCGCUAUUACAUUACAUAAUAUUAUAUCCCUUCGUUUCCGAUCUAUGUUUUACGGUGCAAACCUACCCGGUUGAAACACCAAACAAUUGUAUCUGCCCAUCAACUUUGUUUAAUCAGAAUAUUUUUAUUUUUUAUUUUUUUUCUAAUAAGUAUACCUAUUAUGUAUACAUAUUUAUUCUAAUAUGUAUUAUCGAUUAUUAUUAUAGACAUUUACCUAGCACCUACCUAGUAUAUUGGAAAGUGACAAUGAUUCUAUAAUAAUAUAUUAUAAAAUCAAUGGUAAUGGUUAAGAGACCGAGGUUGGAUAAGUAACCUGUAUUUUGUUUUGAUAAAAAUAUUAUAACUUUAUAUUAUAUUGGUCCGUAUAUCAUUUAUUUUUGUUUCGUGUUUAGCGGUUUAAACCGACUUAAUUGUAUUAAGUACCUACCUAUUAUUCAUGAUUAUAUUAUUAUGUAUACUAAAUAUACCUUCAUAUAGAGUUUAUAAUUUAUAAUAUAUUUUGAAUAUUAUUAUGUUUGAGUUUGCAUAAAAGUAGUUUAUAAAAUGUACCCAUGUUUCUUAUAAUCAUAUAAACGCGUUAAACAGUGGCGAACUCGUAAAGUGUAUACCUCUACCUAUACAUAUUAUACAUAUAUAUAUAUAUAUAUAUAUACACACACACACACACAUGAAGUAUAAAAUACUGUAUUUGUAUAAUAUUACCUAUGUAUCUAUUGUACCUAUAUCAUAGGUUAGGAUAUAAGUAAACCUAUCUAUACUAAGAAGUAAAAAACAAACGAUGAUGUACCCGUCCCAGUGACUCCCACCAAAUAACUUUACAUUAUAUACUUUAUUAUAUUAUGAUAUGCGUGUAUAAAAUGAUAAAAAUGUAAUAAUAAUAUUAUAUACCUACCUAUAUUAUAUGUACCGGUUUAUAUUUUAAAAUUAGGUACCCACCUAACUACAUUACUUAUAUUAAUACACAAAACUAUGAAUAUACAUAUUUAUAAAUACAAUAUUAUUUAGAUGAACGAAUGUAUCAUUAAUCUAUUUUAAAUUAAUCUAGGUAACUAAUUUUUUUAUUAGUACUACCUGUACACCUACCUGAUACCCACAUCAAAACUAUAAAUCCGUAAAACACCGAUAAUUACCUACAGUAAAAUCAUCUCCUUUAAAAUAACGGACCCCCUACAAGGCGGAAAUCUCAAAACGGAAAACAACAACAUUUCUGCAUAACCUAUAUUAUAUCCAUUAUAUUUUAGUUUCCCUUUAUAACGGACAAAUCAGUUGAUACCGAGCGGUUUCGUUACUAUGGGGGUUUUACUGUGUAUUAUAAUACCUAUGCUACCUGCCUACCAACAUCUUUGGUUGAGGAGGACUGAAAUCAAUUUCAUAAUUUUUCAAUAUAAGCAAAUUAAAUUUUAAAAAUGC